AUGGGAGAGGGUUUCCAAGGAAUGUGUCCGAUGCAACAGGGGCUGAUUCAGCUCGAGUCUCAUACGCCCAUUGAAGCUGAUGUUGCCCGCCAAAUUCCUGCUAUCGCAUACCAAGUCCCGGACAUAGAUGGAAAGGCGAAAAUCAUGGUCAACAGAACUGAUACAAAGCAGAUGAUCGCUUGUGUUGAAGCUCCUCUUAGCAAUGGUAAAACUGUCGACACUAAGGGUGUGGGCUGGGCCACGGCUAUUAUCGCUGGUAUGGGCCUUAUCGCUUCCGCCGUCACCUCUGGCCUCGGUCACUCCAACACUGCUGCUCACGUCGCUGCGAACGCAUUGUCCCUUUUCGGGUAUUUUCAGGCUCAGGCAAUGAUUGGGAUGACUGGUGUAACGCUUCCUCCAAUUGUGGCUGCUUGGACCCAAAAUUUCGACUGGAGUAUGGGCAUAAUAAAGGUCGGGUUCAUGCAGGAGAUCUUCCAUUGGUAUAUUCAAGCUACUGGGGGCAAGCCUUCAAAUAUCUUUGGAUCUCUCUCAGAAGUUUCCGUCCAGAUUAUGAAGAGAAGUUUGCCCGAGCAGACCAGUUCUUUGAUUAGCAGGGCAGCAGCUUAUGUUUGGGGAAUUAAACGGGUUUCGUUCAAAGCUAAAAUUGAGGCUACCAACUUUUUCAUGACAGGUUUGGCGUUUUUGGUCGCUUUCUUGUUUUUUGUUGCUCUCGGUGUUUGCGCUUUCAAGGCAAUAUGCGAGUUUGCAUCUAAAAUGCAGUGGAUCAAAGGAACCAAAUUCCAGGAUUUCAGGAACGGAUGGAUGACGGUUCUUAAGGGGAUCAUGUAUCGCUUGGUCUUGAUUGGUUACCCUCAAAUGGCUAUUCUUUGCCUUUGGGAGCUUACUGUUAGGGACUCUGGCGGUGCUGUUACUUUGGCCAUCUUCUUCUUUUUCUCGAUGACUGGUAUUCUCGCUUGGGCAUCUUUCAAGGUUAUUCGCAUCGCUCAGCGCUCGGUUACCCUUCACAAGAAUCCAGCGUACAUCCUUUACUCCGACCCAGCAGCUUUAAACAGAUGGGGCUUCCUCUAUGUCCAGUUUCGUGCGACCGCCUAUUACUAUGUCGUUCCCGUUUUAUUAUACACGCUUGUCAAGGCGAUGUUUAUCGCAUUUGCCCAGAAUAAAGGACUUGUCCAGGCUAUCGCUUUACUUUUGAUUGAGGUUGCCUACUUGAUCGCUGUGAGCAUUAUGAAGCCGUGGAUGGACAAGCGAACAAACAUCUUCAACAUUUCUAUCUGUGCGAUCAACUUCCUGAAUACCGUCUUCCUCCUUGUCUUCACCGACGUUUUUGGGGGUCCAGGAAUUGUGGUUGGUGUUAUGGGUGUUAUCUUCUUCAUUCUUAAUGCUGCCUUCGCCCUUGUUUUGUUGAUAUUGGUACUUAUCUCAUCGAUCUAUGCCUUGAUCUCGAAAAACCCGGACGUUCGUUACCAGCCCAUGCGUGACGAUAGAGCAUCAUUCAUCAAGUCCAACACCCAGAUGGCGGCGUCAACUGAAUUGGAUGCCCUUGGUGUCACUGCUCGCGGUGAUAAAGGUGGAUACAAGACUAGGGAUUUGGAGGAUGAUGAUGAUUCGUACACCACCAACUCGAUGAACAAAGAGGCUUCUCAGAUUCCUCUGCCGCCAUCGACAGCUGGUUCCCAUGCGCCAAGCCAUCGCCACAUGGACACACCGCCUUCACCAUUAAACCCAGCGGUGCCCAUGUUCCCUACCGCGGGUCACGAUGGUUCAAGGGGACCAUAUAACAGUCAAAUGGCUCAACACUCGAACCAGUUGCCUCUACUGACAACCUCGGGCACCCCUCGAUCACCAAGCCGUAGCGGUGUACCAUCACCUUCAUCACCGGCGCGAUCGCCAGGAGGAUAUGAUUACAGCCAACCCGUACAACGAUCCAACACUGGUGGAUCGAUGAACUGGCAUACAGGAGCUGGCUAUGAUGGCCGUGGUAAUUAAGGUGUAGAUGCGGAGGAUUUUUGUAUACAACGGUCAAACGGGGCGUGCCGUUUGUGUAAUAAGACAGCUACGUGGUGUUUUACUCUCUAACUUUUUCUCUUCCCUUUCCUGUGCCAAAGUCUGUAGUAUUUCUCUUUUUUGUCCCAAUUUUCGGUUCCUUCCUUUUACUAUUUGAAAUUCUAUUCUAUUCUUGUGUA